CUGCACGUCGCGUAUUUCGGUUGGGUCGCCGUGGGUCAGGAAGCCGACAUGGACGACUUGCGCCUGCCCGUGCGCUCCAUCCUGCGCACGUCCAAGGCCCGGGUCGAUACGUCGGUGAAGAAGAGCGCGAUGAAGUCGCCAGCGAAGCGGCGCCGCGGCCCCGAAGGACCAACGCCGACGAAGCCCGGGAAGGCCAAGCUGCACACGAUGGAUUUUCUCGAUGGCAUCACAUCGCCGCGACGCGUGACGUUCUCGCCCUUUGUAGCGCGCACGCCCAAGCGCCCUAAGGUAGAUGUAUCGACCGACGACGAAGACACGGACGAGGACGCGGACGAAGCCGCAGCGACAGUCCGGAAGCAGCGGCGGAUGCGCAUGCGCUUCCAGCACGUCCGCCGACAGCCCUUGCACGUGCGCCUUACGAAAUGGGUGCGCGGCUGGUGGUCUGGUAAGCGAUACGAGCCCUUCUUCUCGGCGGACGACGAAGCACCCGCCCCUCCGCCGUACACACCCGUGCUGGACUUUACAAGUGACGACCGCGCCUACAACGAACAGUUUGACCGCCGAGUCGAAGAAGCCGCACAACGCGACAACGUUGCUCUGUCUAAUGAUGUGAGUCCCGACGACACACCGCUGGAGCUGGCGUUGCCGUGCGACGGUGCGUUCGACCAGCUCGCUGAUGCCGUCCGCCCCCAUGUGGUCGCGCCAGCGCCGAUCUCGGCCACGCUCACCAAGCUCUGCGACGAUCUUCCUGGUGUGCGGAGGCUUUGCAGCUCGACUACGUAGCGCGCGCAACUGCUACCGUCUAUAAUAUGCGCACGGCGAACGAUGUGAUGCUGUUCUCUGUCUCC